UUAAAAUUAAUAACACAUCCAUUUAUCUUCACUGCUACGAGUGAAGUGAUAGCCUGCCACCUAUGUUUACUUAAUAGCUGACAUAUCUUGGCCACUCUUUUUACUUUUUGCUCUAACUAAAGGAUUUCCUCAACAGAAUCAGCAGCUAAAUGAGAUCAUGAUUUUAGAAGGAACUGGCAGAAUGAGUCUUAAUACCGUCACAAGUCUUCUUCAUGACCAGUCGACCUGGACAGAAGGAUAUCCCACAUGUAAUGCAGCACCGAGCAGUUUUUUUGGAACACAGUGGCAUGAAAUACAUCCUCAGUAUUGGACAAAGUAUCAGGUCUGGGAAUGGCUCCAACAUCUUUUGGACACCAACCAGCUUGAUGCCAACUGUAUCCCAUUCCAGGAAUUUGACAUUAGUGGGGAUCAUCUGUGUAGCAUGACUUUGCAAGAUUUCACACGGGCAGCUGGCUCUGCUGGACAACUUCUUUACAGCAACCUCCAUCAUCUAAAGUGGAAUGGUCAGUGUGGAAGUGAAGUGUAUCCAUCACACAAUGUCAUUGUUAAGACAGAACAAACAGAUCCAUCUUUAAUGACCUCUUGGAAAGAAGACAAUUAUUUCUACGAGAGUGGAUAUGGUGGCACAGUAGAACUAGUGGACAGCAAAGCCUACUGUCGAGCACAGAUUUCGGUCAGUGCUAGUGGUCACCAACCUAUAGAGGAUUCUUUGGAAGGGAAGAAAAUUUCACAAGAUCACCCUCCAAAACCACACAACAAGAAACACACUCCUCGAGGAACUCACUUGUGGGAGUUUAUCAGAGACAUUCUCCUUCAUCCAGAGAAGAAUCCUGGGUUGAUAAAAUGGGAGGAUCGGUCAGAAGGCAUCUUCCGAUUCUUAAAAUCAGAGGCAGUGGCUCAGCUAUGGGGAAAGAAGAAGAACAACAGUAGCAUGACAUAUGAGAAACUCAGCCGUGCCAUGAGAUACUAUUAUAAAAGAGAAAUUCUUGAACGUGUAGAUGGCCGGAGACUGGUAUAUAAAUUUGGGAAGAAUGCCCGUGGCUGGAGAGAAAAUGAAAACUAAGUACAACUUUAAAAACAGCUGUAGUAAUCAUCACUGACAGGAAAUCCUAGUGGAUGUAAAUAUUCCAAAGACUGUUUUCUUCUAUUUAUGUACAAAAAUUGGGGGCUGCAGAAAUCUACGUCUAAUGGGAAGAAGGAACACUAUUGUUUGUUGAUGUUAUAACUAUUUUAUUUGAAAUAUGUCCUUUUAUGGAGAGUAUGUACACAGUUUUCUGUGAUCUAUUAUAAUACUGUAUGUAAAUGUAUAAGGAUGACUUGCCUUUCUUGUAAAGAUUUUUAAAGAAAUGAAUUCCAAAAGAAAUGUGAUUUAGCAUAAUGCUGCAAGAGGCAUUUGCUGUAGUGGGAGCAAAUCACAGGGCAUUACUUUAUACUUAGGUAUAUCACUGCAUUUUAGAGAACUAGGGAUUUAUAAUAUCUGUCUCAGAAUUGUGUGAGAUAGGUCUUUCCAUUCAAAAUAUACAACUUUUUUUCAAAGGCUGUCGACUAGUGACAUACCAAUGGUUAAUUAAAUCAAAGGCUGUUGAGUCAUGGCUUUAUUUAUUUUUCUUGGGUUUUUUUUUUUUUUUGCCCUUCUUCUCUACAAUAUAAUAUGGCCAUUUACAAUAGCCUGGAUCCAUUUAGAGUUGAAUUUAUCGGCUCAGCCCAUUCCCAAAUAAUUCUCUGUUGACAUAAGUCCUAGAACAUGAAGAAUUAGGAAUAGUGGAUGCUUUAUUUGUAGACCUCAAUAACUUUAGCUGAUCUUUGUAACCAAUCUUGAAUGCUUGUGACUCAUCAUGAAAUCUUAGGUGUCAUCAGCAUAAAGCUGUCUUUCCUAACCUGGAAUCACCUGGGUUUUUGGAACUACAAACAACUAUGCAAACUGGACAUUCUGACAACUUAAUUGUAGGUCAUCUGCCAUGUUGAAGGAUGCGUAAUGACUAGCAGCAAAUAUCCACAUUUCUGACAGAAGUGACCUACAAGGUCCCUUCCAACUCUGUUAAUCUGUAUCUAUACCAAACUGAACUGGAGAUUUUCUGCAUCCAAAGCAUUUGUUUAGUCACUAACCUAGUGUAUAUUUGGAUAUGAACAUAGAUUUCUGUGAGGGAUCCUUGUUGUUCUUUGAAUUUGCUUGUUUUCUUGCAGAUGUUGCAUUAUAUAACUAGGUAACCAGGCACUGAUGAUGUUACCUAGUUAGGGUAAUGAAAUGUUUGCAAGAAAACAAGCAAGCUCAGAGAGCAACAAGGACCCUUUAUUUCAACUCUGAGCUACAAAUAUUCUCCUUUACUUUCGAUGUCUAUGUGAUAAUGAAACUGUACUUUGAUAUUAAGAUUUUAUGUUACAUAAACCAUGUCCCUCCAUUCAGAAAACUAAUAAUCUAAGAUACUGUUUCAGUCUUCCUUCUCUUUCUCCCAGAUGCCUAGUUUUUAUUUGCUAGGUUGGUAUAGCAUAUAGAAGAACAUUCAGUCAUGUAAGUUCGUUCAUGUAAGAAAACGAUUCAGUACAAGCAUCUACCAGCCCAAGAGCUACAAUUAAAAAUGGCUUCUUUGAGCAAAUUAAAUUUCAGCUCUGAGACUUAAAUCCAAACUUGUCUGAAACUUAAACUUUCUGUGUUCUCAGAAAUGCCAGUUGAGUGUUUUUUCAUACAUAUAUAAAAAUCACUUUGGAAUAGAGUCUAUGUUUUUUGCUACAGUAAGAGUUGGUAGCUGCUCCUCCAACAUUUGAUGAAAAAUAUUCCUAAACAAGGCAGCUAAAAAAUACCUUUGCAGCCACAAUUCCUGCCAAAACUUUUAGGUAGCACACAUCCAUUAUAGCUAUGUGAUAUUUGAACUUUGCUUAAGGUGAGUGGGGGCAGUUAAUCUUAUUUACAGAAGAAGCCAGUAACCAGGACUGCAGGUUUCAUAGUAAGUCCUUUCUGUUGACUGAAUAUUUAUUGACUCACUGGAUAAGAUUUUUCUUCAGUUUCUCCCUGUUCUUUAUUUUUAAAUCAAUCAGUCUCCAUAAUCCAAUGAUCUUUUUGUGCAGAAAUAUCACAUCUAAUGAGUUGGAUUUGAUACUGCCUUGUGUUGUUAGUUAAAGCAGUGUUAUUGUAGAGUAUCUAUAAGGAUAUAUCUACUUUUUUCACAAUGCAAUCCAUAUACUCAUAAAUAAUUUCUGUUGUCUUAUGUCUAAGAACCUGGGUGCAAAAUUAUAGUCUUAAUAUCACUGAGUGUGUGCGUGUGAAAUUUAAAAAAAUAGUGGCAUUGUUCUUCAACAAUAUGAGAAUUAAAAUUGCAUCUCAGCUGCACACAAGGUGACGAAUACAGACAGCAGUGUAAAUACAGAUUUCUCCAACUUGUUGGCCUUCAGUGCAUCCAUAAGCAAAUAAAGUUAAGAGGUUGACCAUGAACACAUGUUCAAAACCACACCCCUGUUUUUAUUUGCAUUGUGAUAUACAUAAAAAAUGUGCCAGGACUUCAAUCGGAAAUCAGAGCUAACCUCUUCAUUUGUUGACUCUCCUUUUACUAGAAUCCCUGGUGUCCUUCGUGCAUGUUGCAUUUUUUUGUGUUAUUGAAAGACCUCUGGGACUUGCAAUUCAAUCUAGCUGGAUAUAUUAGUCUUUCAUGUAUUCUAAUCAUGGAGUCUAAUAGAAACUUCAGUCCAUAUUAACUUCUGGUUGCCAUUAUAAUUUUUACUUAUUUGCCAAACUUGUUCUUGUUUUUGAGUAUUUGGAAACUAUCCAUAUUUAUGGAUGCUGCUAUUUUACUAUCUCUCAGACAGCAGAGUACCUGCUUAUAGGCAUUUAUCAUCCAAAAUACAUUUUCCUCUUAGAAUUCAUGAGUACUACUACAACAAUGCAUAUCUAACUUCUCCUUAUUUUGGUGUGGUAUAUCGUAUUAAGUUAUCGUUGUGCAAUAUAAUUUGAUAUAGUACAUAGCUCAUAUUUAUAUUACAUUGGUAAACUUUCUUCCCAGACAACCUUGGGAAUUAGAAUUUGUGACUAGAGUUAAAAAUCUAUAAUUAGAGCUUUUUGGAAUUGAAAACAUGUUUGAAAAAAUUCUUUUCCAAAAAAGUUUCCACAUAUUAAGCUUGCUCUCUUUUUUAUUUUUAUUUUAUUUUAUUUUUUAUUUUUAUUUACAUUUAUAUCCCGCCCUUCUCCGAAGACUCAGAGCGGCUUACAGUGUAUAAGGCAAUAGUCUCAUUCUAUUUGUAUAUUUUACAAAGUCAACUUAUUGCCCCCCCAACAAUCUGGGUCCUCAUUUUACCUACCUUAUAGAGGAUGGAAGGCUGAGUCAACCUUGGGCCGGGCUUGAACCUGCAGUAAUUGCAGGCUGCUGUGUUCUAAUAACAGACUUCUUACCAGCCUGAGCUACCACGGCCCAUACCAUUUACUUUGGUUCUGUGAAUUGUAACACCCCGUUUUCCCCAAAACAAGACAUCCCUGGUAAUAAGCCCAAUUGGGCUUUUGAGCACAUGGCAAUAAGGCUAAGCACUUAUUUCAGGGUUCAAAAAAUAUAAGACAGAGUCUUAUUUUGGGGAAAACACAGUAUAAAUUAAAAGUGAUCUUUCAGAAUAGUCUGGAUAUUAAUAAAAUCAAUUUGAAGCAUAAGUGUGUGAUUAAAUCAGAUAGGUUAAUAAUAUGAAUUACAUUAGGAGUACAAUUUUCCAACAUUCAUAGGUGUAUUUAUUAACCCAUUGGUAUUAACAGAGUUAGAUUUUCCCACAGUUGGCACUUUAAAAAUUCAGUUUGUCAUUUGAUUCUGAAACAUAAUUCACUUUGAAAGGAGACAUGGUAUAACAUUGACCUAACUAGAAAAAGGACCAUAAAUAUAAAAAAUGAUACCAGCUUGCCACAUGCAACCACAGCCAACCAUAGUGAAUCUUUUACAAAGUCUAAUUAAAGGAUACAAUGAAGAUAUGAAUGUAGCAAAUUGCUGUUUAAAUAUAAAGGCAUUGAUGAGAUUGCUUUUUUAAUGUUUGCAAAGAACAGUCUUUUUAGAAGUGUUGUUGUUAGUUGCGAAGUCGUGUCCGACCCAUCGCGACUCCAUGGACAACAUUCCUCCAGGCCUCUACCAUCCUCUGGAAUCCAUUUAAACUCAUGCCUACUGCUUCAGUGACUCCAUCCAGCCACCUCGUUCUCUGUUGUCCCCUUCUUCGUUUGCCCUCAAUCUUUCCCAGCAUUAGGCUCUUCUCCAGUGAGUCCUUUUUUCACAUUAGGUGGCCAAUUAGAAUUUUAUUAGAUUUUAUUAAUUUUAUUUUUAGAUUUUAUUAAUUUUAUUAAUUUUAUUAAUUUAUUAGAAUUAGAAUUUAGAAGUGUAUUUCACAUGAAUAAGAUUUGUACAAAUUUUUAUAGUGGCAUACUUUUUCAAAUGUAUAUAUGUGAAUACAUUUUAACUCGGAUGUAUAAAGAUCUACAAAUGCUUAGCAGUAUUUAUAUAGAUGAAUGCCAAUCACCUGGAUAAAGAAUUUGCUGGUAUAUUGUGCAGCUUUGAUUAGGAAGUAGUUUGUGCAUUGUAGUGCCUAGUUCUAUGGCUUCCUAUUCCUAUUCAUAACUAAUAGUUUGAAUAUUUAGCUACUUACAAGGUAAGUAUCCCUGAAAUUGCAGCCACUGUGUACUUAGAAAAGUCUGUGCAGAAACAUAUACUUAUCAUUAUAGCUUUCUUGUUGCUGGAAAACAACCCAAAUCUUUCUAGCUUCACCAUUUAUAAAUUUUCUAGAAGUGCAUUUUUAUAUGUCAGAUUUAAUGACUCUCCCAUAAAUGCCAUACCAUUCCUAAUACUAUUUCUAUCCACCAAAAUGUUAAUUAAAACAAUGUGUUCGUUUCUUAAAAUAAUAGUUUAGUCAUCGUUCAAACUUCCCUCCACAGAAAUUGCUUUUGAAUGCAAUUGUACAUGGUCAUCAACAUGAUUAGAUUUAAUGAAAAGUGGGAAAUUUAAUGGUAUCAUAGUGCAAAAGUCUUUUGUCAGAACAUUUUUUUAAAAAAGUUGCUUGUAUCUGUCAAUUGUGUGUGUGUGUGCUUGUGUGUGUGCUUGUUUAUGAAAUAAUAUUUACUGUUAAUUCUUGUAAUUUAUAAUAAUAUGUGCGUCUAAGGCAUAAAAUAAGCCAAGCACUGGGCCAAUUCUGAUCAGAUGUAAAAGGAGACAAUAAUGGUACUUGAAUUAAAUUGGGCGAGGGAUACAUCCAGUAAUCAUUCUUCCUUACAUUAUUUCCCCAUUUUAAAUGGCCUCUGCAAAAGCAGCUAUUUGCUAUAAUAAAUAGUACAGUACUGGUACAUUUUCCAGAACUGGAUAUUAAAAGGUCAAGGAAAGAAUAACAGAGAAACUCACAAAGAAGAAAAAGACUGAUUGUUAAAUAUGUUGUUUUUGUGUCCCAUUGUGGGAGUCUAUUGACUAGAAGGAUGGGGAAAACUGAAGUGGGUCUGCUUACAGAUCUUGCAUAUACUGCCUCCUUUAUAUUGUUUAAUGGGAACAUGGUGGCUUAGUGGGUAAGACGCUGAGCUUGUCGAUCGAAAGGUCGGGAGUUCAGCAGUUUGAAUCCCUAGUGCCGUGUAAGAGGGUGAGUUCCCAUUACUUGUCCCAGCUUCUGCCAACCUAGCAGUUCGAAAGCACAUAAAAAAUGCAAGUAGA